GGGAAAAUCGGUCAAGUUCUCUCUAAUGGUCAAGUGGAGCGUUACAUAAGGACGGUGCUCAACAUGCUCCGCAUCGAAGUAGGGCACAGAAACGCUUCCUGGUCCAACACUCUCUGGAAACUACAGCUGGUGCUCAAUAUCACUAAGCAAAAAACAACGCAGACUUCAGCCAUCAAGUUGAUGAUCGGCACCGAUGCUACUACACCCAUCAUACGUUCUUUGGUUCGGGACCUAGCAGUAAACGCACCAGAGGUCAACAGAGAAGCUCUUCGGGAGAUCAGCAGGAAUCGUGCCAGCGAGCUCUUGAAGAAGAACCAAGAACACCAGGAUCAAACCGUAAAUAAGUCGAGACGCCCGCCACGUGAAUAUAAGGUGGAUGAUCUGGCUUUCGUUAUAAAAUACUCGCAGUCAACAGGCAAAUUGGACCCGGGAAUGCGAGGGCCGUACAAGGUCACCAAGGUUCUGCCCAACGGCCGAUACGAGCUCAGGUUACUCGGCGGGAGCUGUGGAAAGACUACGCAGGCAGCCUCCCAACAUAUGGUACCCUGGAAGGGAGAAUGGUGCCCCGAGACCUGUGCUUCGUUCUUUGAGAAUAAUGAAACCAACGACUCUGAUGACAAUCCAGGUCACCCUGGCAGCAGCGACCGUGCGGCGGGUAGACUAUCCAUGCCCGAGCUGGACGAAGUGGCGGCGAUGACGUCUUCUCAGGACAACCCAUUGAAGACGAGCCCAGAAACGAACUGAGUCGAGGGCGACUCAGCGUCAGGAGAGGCCGUGUUAGAGAUGACCAAUACGCCAUCUUGAACUUACUAUAAAAAGCGCGGGACAACCCGCACUCGGCCAUUUUUGUCAGCUGUCAUUCGGAGCGGGAAAAUCGGUCAAGUUCUGUGAGACUUAUAUUUUUCAUUUUUAAUUAUCUAAAUUCUCAAUGCUAUUAUUUUCAUAUUAAGUUAUUGUUAUUUU